AUGUCUGAAACGAUCCAAUCCCUGAGCCAAGAGCUUCAGCACAUUAAAGCCUGGCAAGCGCAAGGCUCCCCCGAGCUUUCGCCCAGCGGCCGUGCAGCGGUUAACGCGCCGGCGCGCACAGUCCAGAUGCCUACUGUGCCACGGGGUGAUGUGUUUUCAAGGUUGGCCAAGACUUUUGAUGAGUCCUUGUACCUUGAGAGCUCGCUGGAUUUUCAGGGAAGGGUUCCGCGUGAAGUGGUUGCGCAAGAAGGGCUCCAGAACCCUUCGGCCGAAUUGGCCGUUUCUCAGGGAAAACCCGAGAUUCCGCCGGGACCCCCACCGAAGCAGUCUUCCAGCAGCUCCGCCCAGGUCCCAGAGGAGACCCUGCAGCAAUUGAUAGGUGCCGUUAGCAUCCUUCAGGAGAAAGUCCAGUCACUUUCCUCUCCUGCACAUAAGGGCAACAAGAGCUCAAGCUCGAGUGCAGCAUCCAUCAAAGGUCGCACUUCGAGCAGCAGUUCAGACUCAGAGGAGCUUGUUGAGGACUUUAGCCAACCUAGAAAACCCGUUGCGAGUCAUGCGGAUCCUUAUGAGGCUGAGAAGCAAACAAUGAGAACGAAGCAUUACGACAAAAUCAAGAUCACUCACUUUCCCAAAUCAGCAGCGGAUCUUCGAAGCUUCCGUAAUCAGCUAAUGGCUAGCGCUGCCCAAUUCUGCAAGGGUUCAGAAGCUGGGCUACAUGCAUGGCUAAAGGAGGCAGAGGAAUGCUCGGCUGCAGACCUCAACAAGUCUUCAUCGUUCCCAGUGCUUGACAGGGUUCUUGCAGCCAAGUUGAUUGAGCAGGCAAAGGGUUCUCAGUUUGCGUUGGAGUUUCAGUCGAUUCAGGAGAAGGCGCUAAAACGGGGAUUUCAGCCGAAAGGCCGAGUGCUAUUGCAUACUAUCGUCAAGCGCUUCAAGCUUCAGAAGGAUCGUGGAACAACCCUGACGCAACAGCACCUUCUGGGAAUCAAACUUGCGGGAUCUUCAACUGCUCAGCUCGAGGAGUUUAAGAAUCGGGUUGAUUAUGUUUUGGGUGCUUUAGAAGAGGACGAGAUGCCUUCAGAGAGUGCAAUGCGCUCAUUCCUGUAUGAGCAAGUCAAGAACGUCCCAAAGCUCCAAAUUCAGAUUGACAAGUUCCGAUCAGCAUCAGUUGGUUCGUCAAGGCGCUCAUUCAAGUGGUUGUACCACAAGCUCGCUGAAGUCAUUGAUGAGGCCCAUCACGACAGCAAUCACGCGUCUAUUACUGCUAGUUUGUCUGCAAAGGCUUCAGGUGCCGCAGCAAAGGUUGAGGAUAAGCCUGAAAAGCCUGCUAAGCCCAACAAGCCGAGCAAGCCGGAGAAGCCCGACAAACCGAAUCCAAAGGCAACCCCUGCAACGCCCAUUGCACCAGCGCCUAAGGCAAAUCCGAAGGGUAAAGGAGAGGGCAAGUCAUCGGAGCCAAAGGCCAAGGCACCUAUGUCUAAGGAAGAGAAGGCGAAAACGCCAUGUCUUUUCUUUCCUACUGGCACAUGCUUUAGGAACAACUGCCCGUACCUCCAUGACGCCAACAACCCUCACCCUAAUCCCAAAACUGGUGCCAAAGCGAAGGCCAAGUCCAGCACGCCUUCAAAAGCUUCAGCCGCGUGUGCAAUCGUUGCAUCUACCGUUGGCCAUGCCCAGGGUGACCGUGCAGUGAAUUGUGCGCCUGAGCCGGGCGGUGCAAGUAAGGUUGGGAAUGGGCUAAGCAGUUGCAGGAAAGUUGCCAAAUCCGCUUUGUUUGGGAGGUCGCUUGGCACUCGAAUGUUGGCCUUGAUGACGGCUACCCUUUCUGCACCCUCCGUUCCAUGCCAUCCGCAGUUCGUUUCCCACGGUAAUGGGACAGCCACGGUUAGCUGGUUGGGGGAUACAGGCGCUGGAAGGUACAUUGGUUCGCUAACUGAUGUGCAAAAUGAGCCGAGUCUGAGCGAUAAUAUCGCUGCCACUGGAAAUCCAGUGCUGUUCUCAACAGGUGGUGGGGACAGGCCGUCAACAGAUUCAGUGAAAGUUCAGGGUGAUUUGGUCACAAAUGAUGAAGUGUACUUGUUAGAGGGGAGUCCUUGGGCAAUGUGCAUUGGAGACCAAGUCAACUCUAAGGGAAAGGCGUUCCUGUGGUUGCCUGAUGGGUCAGGUCAAGCCAAGCCUUUCUUCGUAGAGGACACUGAUUCGUUGCGCGUGCAUUGCCCAACUGCCAACCGCCGCUAUGCUGAUGAGCUCCACCAGAAUGUCCCUAUCUUUAAGGAAAUCAUUCGCAUCUCCCACAUGCCUGCGUCCGCAGAUUCACCCGAACCGGCCUCAGCGGCUUCGGAUCCUGAACCUCCCUGUGCAGCGGUUGACGCGCCAGGAGAGGAAGCAGUAGAGGUGGAAGAGGACGAUGCGCGUACAAAAGAUGAAAGGCUAAAGGAGAUUGCAAGGAGUGUUGAGCACCAGCUAACGCACAUUCCUAAGAACAAGUUUUGCAAAACAUGCAUGCGCUCCAAGCAAGAUGCGUUGCCAGCACGUGCACUUCCGAUUGAACAUUCUUUGACGGACGGUGAAGCAAGUGAGUCAUUUGGUGACCGCCUGCAUGUUGACCAUGUAAUCGUCGCCAAAGGCCGUAUGGACAGGAACCUGUUUGGUUUGCAUGGGGAGAGAGUUUUUCUCGUAGCUGUUGAUGACCACACGGGGUUCAUGUUGGCGUACCCUUCACGUUCAAAGUCGAGUGGCGACAGCGCUAAAGCCUUGCGCCACUUCAUUGGUCGUCGCAAUGCCGUUGAGCUUCACAGCGAUAAUUCGCUUGAGCUUGAGGCUGCAGCGGAUGAGCUAAAGCUCGUCCACCCUACGACAAUUCCAUACCGACACACUUCAAUCAUCAAUAGAAGGAUUCGGACCUUAGAGGACGUUUCCCGAUGUGCUUUGUGCCAGGCUGGUCAAGUUAAGAGCUUAUGGCCACUUGCCGUCCAGUACGCAGCAACCGCGUUAUCCCUUGGAGAACCUUGGGAGGCAUUGCAUGGCGCACCGUUCUCUGGAAACAAGUUCCCUUUCGGUUCCUUGGUGUACUUUAGGCCCCAAGCCAAAGUCACUAAGAAGGUUGAGUUAAAGACUGUAGCCGGGAUCUUUGUUGGUUGGAGGGUUGAACCGGGAUGUGGUUUUAAGAAAGCCUACAAAGUUCUUUCGCUGGAGCAGGUCAAAGACCUGUUGCUGGGAAAGGUUGAGGUAACCCCUCAAACGGCCAUGACUGUCUACCAGGAUGAGGUCCGCUAUCCACUAGCGGAACUAAAAGACAAGGGUGAACUCAGGUUAAACCUCCAAGAGAUGACCCUGGAUCCUGAGGACUACCCCGUAGAUGAAACCAUCGAGGGGAGAGUCAUGAGCCUCACCAUCCCAGAACACCCAGCUGAGAGUAAAGCCUUGACAGGUAAUUUCCGAAUCACCGAAGCACGUGUUCUUAAGCACGGGCCCACUCCUGAAUGCAACGCUUGCGAAGGAUUGCCAGUUGAGCAUUCUAAGGAAUGUCGGGAUAGAUUCGCUACUUUGUUGGCCGAGAAACUGCAUGAAUUUCCAGAUGGAGUGGACCGCAACCAUGACUCGUGGGUGUUAGAGGGCGAGACACUGACUAGGUAUCAUGUGCAGCAAAGGAAGCACUUGUUUACGCCUAAAAAGGUUAAAGGUAUCCCAGUUCCGCCUGAAAACCUCCUACCUCACAGAGAAACGUUCCUCACCUACGAAACUGGUGAGAAGCAAGAAGUGAUAAGCGAGGAUUGGCAUGCCGAAGACGGGACCAAACCCAUGACUGCAAUGUGGACUGGUAAAACCGUGUUCUUCCUCAAAGACCCUGUCCCUGCUGCAUCCGUGAAACCGGAGGCUACAACGGCGGCCGCAGGAACUGCUGCCCCGCUGAAUGCAGCCCGUGCAGCGGUAACGCGCCGGGAUACAAGUUCGGAAUCAGGGGGGUGUUCUAUCAGUCAAGACAAGUUGUCAGGUUAUGGAAGGUUCUACGAAUUCUGCCGUACGCCCAGUUCCAACUUGAGUGUUGUUGGCGAGUCUCUCGGACUCUCGUACGUCCGCCUUGCACAUGAGCAUGCAAGCAUGCUUGACACGAAUAAUGUCAACCAGUUGUUGCAGCAACUCGCGGAGAGUGAAGGUGUAGACCUGUGGGGUUCACUUCCUUGCUUACCUUGGAGCCAUUGGAAUCGGCUGAAUAGUUGGCGCCUUGGUCCAAAGUCCCGCACCAGACUCACGUGCAAGCAAGAUGAGUCCAGAAGGUUGGUGAGAGUUUUCAUUCUUGCUGCAAGGAUCGUUCUGCGGAAUCAUGGUCGGGUUCACUUCGAAUGGCCGGAAACAUGUGCAGGUUGGCAGCUUGACGAGCUCCAAGGUUUCAUUCAUGAAGCCGGAUUGCACCUUUGCACCACCAACGCGAAUGCCUUUGGAUCUACCGGCAAAAGGUCGUGGACGAUCGCCACGUCCUGCAAAAGACUUGCCGAAGCCAUCAACCUCAAGAGAAGUAUGAGUGACAAGACAAGUCAUCAUAUCUCCGAUCUUGAGUCUCGCAUUGCAAGCUCCGCGCGAUAUCCACUGCCCAUGUGUUCGCUUGUUAUGCAGCAUUUGUUUCCGGACAAGUUCCACGCGUCAGUUCCGGCCAUGCCUUGUCACACCUUUGUCCAGCAUGAACAUGUCAACAAAGAGGUACCGAUGCCUCACGUGUUUAGCGCAAUCCAUCAACUCAUUGAGCGCCGAGAAUGGAUCAAAGAUCCAGCUGCGCUAGCAGAGGCUAAGAAGGAGGCCGAAGGAUUGAUAGCAGAAGGGACUUGGAAUUACGACGAAGUGAUUCCUCGAAGUGAACUUGUUGCAGAAGCUAGAGAAAGCGGAAAGAAAAUACACAUAGGACAGUUGAUGACAAUCAUGUCUUGGAAACAUGCGGAAAAUCCUGACUUGAAGAAACUGAAAGCCAGAAUAGUGUUUCGUGGAGACAAUGUGAGAGACGAAUGUGGAGAGUACGCCAUCUUCCAAGAGAUCCGAGUUACGCCCACUGCAAUCAGCGGUGUAAACUUGAAUCUCAUGUACGGGAGCCUCGCAGAGACUUCAGUAGAGUACGACAUGAGCGACUUUGCAGAGUCUGCUUGUGAAACGGUUGGCAAGUAA